AUGGCCUUCUGGGUAAUAUUUUUUAGACUGCACAGCUUCUUUAGAACAUCUCCAAUGAACAAAGUUGGUUGCUCCCUUCGACUUUUUUGUGUUUUCACUUCUCUGCUAAUUCAAGAAGGAAGAGGGAAUUUCCAACGUGAUAGCAGGUUCUCUUUGACUCUGGACAACACCUAUAACUUCACAGAUCCCUGUGAAGAUAACAACAAUGAGUUGCCUUGUUCAUCUAGCAAAAAAUGUGAUUUUGAAGUUGACUUCUGUGUGAUGACACUUGAUGGUAGUAUGCAGGUGGGCUGGACUAAGAAGAAUGGAAUUACUAGUACUUCACCUCCAUACCACAAUCACAACGGAAAUGAGUCUGCCUAUUUCCUCUCACUGUCCUCCAAAGCUGGUUCCUCUCCUGCAAACAUAAAAAGCAGAGUUUUCCUUCCGACUAAUAGCCAACAGCCAUGCCAGGUCACAUUUUAUCACUACUCCAGCCAUGUGAAGAUGAAUAUAAAUGUUGGUCUCCAGACUAUGUGUGGCAAUUCUUUUCAGAACAUAUGGCAAAACUCAGCAAGGUCCCCAAAUCGGUGGGAAAGAGAUGCCGUCAAGAUCAAUAGCAAUCAGAAGUUUCAGGUUGUUAUUCAAGGCCAAAGGUUUUCAAAUGAUGGAGAAGAAGAAACUAUAGCAAUCGAUGAUAUAUCAUUCAGUGAAGGAUGUCAGCCUGACCUCAGUAAAAUCUUACCAUGUCAAGAAAGACUGAAUACCUGUGAUUGGACACACCAGCCAGAUAUGAGUCUGUGUUAUGAAAAUGGCUUUGACCAUGAAUCUGCAAAUGAAAAAUCCUGCUUAUGUCAGUUUUGUGGAUUUGAGUCUGAUACGUGUGGUUGGGGCUCUGCAACAUCUUCCAAGGAAGUUUCCUGGGUCCGUACAAAAGCAAGAGAGAAACUGGAGUUUGGAUCAGCACCUCCAGAAGAUCAAGGCGGUGAUACAGAAGGUCACUACAUGUGGCUGGGAGCUGAUAAAGGCACAUUUUCCAGAAAUGCUUAUCUUACUAGCUCUGAGUGCUACUGCUUUGGGAAACAUUGCCAUCUUCAAUUUUAUUAUUCUAUGGCAGAUAGUGUUCUGACUGUGGGACUGCAUAAUAAUAAGGGGAAAGAAAUACUAUGGACAAGUAAUGCUUCAACCGUGGAUGUGUGGAUGAAAACAGAAGUGUCUGUACCUGAGACCAUGACAAACUUUAAGUUUGUUUUUGAAGGGAUUACACAGAGCGAGGCAAGUUUUAUAGCCGUGGAUAGCAUCCAGGUCUAUGCCUGUGAAGAAAGACAGAUGCAACGUCCUUGCCGAGCAGAAGAAUUCUCUUGUGCCAGUGGCCAGUGCAUCCCCCAUGAGUCCGUAUGUGAUUACCAGCAGGACUGCUCUGACCAUAGUGAUGAAGACCCCUCAGCAUGCUCAAGUUAUACUAUGUGUAACUUUGAGUCUGAUUUUUGUGAUUGGAAACCAUUAUGGACAAACGAGUCACCCUGGAAAAUAUCAAAAGCAUUGCCUUCUAGAGAAUUUGCUUUUCCUCACGUGGAUCAUACAACGAACAGUGAAUAUGGAUCAUUCAUUUAUUUUGGCGCUGGCCUACACCCUGGUCUGUCUCAUCUUGGUGGUCCUUUCCUUACUGGAUUACAUCCUGCCUCUGCUCCCUGCCAGGUACGGUUUUGGUAUUAUUUGUCCCAGAAUUCACAGCUCUCAGUUUUCACGAGGACAUCCAUCGAUGGUGAGUUACAGAAGCAUGGUGACCUGCUAGGACUCUCCAAAUCUCAGUGGACACAAGCAAAUAUCCCUGUUUAUUCUAUAUCUGGAGAGUCAUUUCUGCCUUUUCAGGUCAUUUUACAAGCCACCAUUUUUUCAGAAAAUGCCACCGUUGCCAUAGAUGACAUCAGUAUAACUCCAGAUUGUGGCAUUUCUCUCAAGUCUCUUUCCAGUACAAACAUCAAAAGCAAAGGGGAAGAGACUGUUGCUCAGCCUGGCAGUUGUGAAGUUGGGUUGGUGCCAUGUGAAGACGCAAGCUGUAUUUUAUCUAGCAAAGUGUGUGAUUUUGCACCUGACUGCCCAAAUGGAACCGAUGAAGCCCAUUGUGCUCCCAUGUGUGACUUUGAAAUAGACAGCUGUGGUUGGUAUGAAGCAUAUAGUGGGGAUAAUUUUGACUGGGUCCGAAAUUCCAGCAGUACCCUUUCCAUAGAUUUUCAACAACAGGCCCCAGCUCAAGAUCAUACUUAUAAUGAAUCUCAAGGACACUUUAUGUUCAUUUUGAAAACCAGCAGCAGCAUUUCACAGGUGGCUAAACUCCAGAGUCCAAGGUUCAGCCAGACAGGACCAGGCUGCAGUUUGUCUUUCUGGUUUUAUAACUAUGGUCAGGCAGUGGGAGCAGCAGAGAUGCAGCUACAUGUAGAGGGGACCAAUUACUCAACUCCUCUCUGGAGAGUAUUAUACAACCAGGGAAACCAGUGGUCCAAAGCAUUCGUUCAGCUUGGACGUCUCACUCAGCCCUUCCAUUUAUCACUGGAAAAAAUCAGUCUUGGAGUUUAUGAUGGAGUCUCGGCUAUUGAUGAUAUCAAAUUUGAGAACUGCGCCCUUCCCCGUCCCGCCAUGAGUUGUGAAGGCCCGGAUCAUUUUUGGUGUAGACAGACCAAGGCUUGUAUAGACCGUAUUCUAUUAUGUGACCUGGUGGAUAAUUGUGGAGAUAACUCUGAUGAGACUCAUUGCACACCUGAACUCCAUUGUGAUUUUGAAAAUGGGCUCUGCAACUGGGAACAAGAUGAAGAGGAUGAUUUUGAUUGGACAAGAAACCAAGGCUCUACUUCAACACUCAACACAGGACCAAUGAAAGAUCACACUUUGGGCACAAUUAAAGGGCAUUAUCUCUACAUAGAGUCUUCAGAACCACAGGUCUUCCAAAACAGAGCUGUGUUGCUCAGUCCUAUUAUUAGUGCCACUAACAAUAAAAGUUGCAUCUUUCGCUUCCAUUAUCACAUGUUUGGAAAGCAUGUUUACAGGCUGACAAUUUAUCAAAGAAUUUCAAAUAACACAAGGGGACAUGUGCUGUGGCAGAUAUUUGGAAAUCAAGGCAACAGAUGGAAAAGGAAAGCCCUCAACAUUGCCUCAACUCAGCCUUUUCAGAUCUUAGUGGAAGCUGCAGUUGGGGAUGGCUUCACAGGCGACAUUGCAAUCGAUGACUUAUCAUUCAUGGACUGUGCCCUCUACCCUGGAUAUUUGCCAAUGAAUUUACCACCACCAUCAGGAACCUUGAUUCCAGUAACUCUUCCACCCCACAACUGCACAGAUGAUGAAUUUGUGUGUAGGUCAAAUGGCCGCUGUAUUGAAAAGAUUCAGAAAUGUGAUUUCAGAUCUAACUGUCCUGACAAGUCAGAUGAGGCUUCUUGUGUUAUGGAAGUCUGCAACUUUGAAAAUGGAAACCUAUGUAGAUGGUAUCAACCAGAAUCGAUGGAAAGAAUUCAAACUGUCAAUACCUUUAGGUGGGGACUUGGAAAUGGAGCUAGUAUACAUUAUGGGGAGGAAAACCACAGGCCAACAGUGGAUCAUACAAAAAACACCACAGAUGGCUAUUACCUCUAUGCAGACAGUUCAAAUGGAAAGUUUGGUCACACUGCUGACAUCAUCACUCCAGUUAUUUCACUCACAGGGCCAGAAUGCAGGAUAGUGUUUUGGAAUCACAUGAACGGAGCCGCGAUCGGCUCUCUCCAGGUACUCGUUAAGAAUAGUAACGUGACAACCAAACUUUGGGCGCAGACUGGCCAGCAGGGUGACCAGUGGAAAAGAGUAGAGGUGUUUUUGGGUAUUCAGUCCAAUAUUCAGAUUGUCUUUAGGGCAAAACGUGGUGUCAGUUACAUGGGAGAUGUAGCAGUGGAUGAUAUCGCCUUUCAAGAUUGUUCCCCUCUAAUCAUCUCAGAGAAAAAAUGCACUGCUCAGGAAUUCCUGUGUGCUAACAAGCACUGCGUCCCCAAGGAUAAUCUAUGUGAUUUUGUAGAUGAUUGUGCUGACGAUUCAGAUGAGAACCCUUUCAUUUGUGGUACAUCCAUUGGGCGCUGUGAUUUCGAAUUUGAUCUUUGUUUUUGGGAGCAGAAUCAAAAUGAUGACUUGGACUGGAAUCUAAAAGCUGGCAUCACCCCAACUACAGGCACCGAGCCAGUUGCAGAUCACACCUUUCAAGACCCAACUGGUCAUUACAUCUUUAUAAAGAGUUUUUUUCCUCAGCAGCCAAUGAGAGAAGCCCACAUUUCUAGCCCAAUGAUAAGCAGAAGGAGCAAAAACUGCAAGAUAAUUUUCCACUAUCACAUGUAUGGAAAGGGCAUUGGAGCACUAACCGUUUCUCAGAUAUCAAUCACAAAUAAGACAAAGAUCUUAUUCUGUCUUACUGGAGAACAAGGCAAUUACUGGAAGAGGAAAGAAUUAAUUCUGCACAAUGAUGAGGAUUUCCAAGUCACCUUUGAAGGUCGAGUUGGGAAAGGUCACAGGGGACAUAUUGCACUUGAUGAUAUUGUUUUGUCAAGGGGCUGUCUCCCAUCUCAUCACUCUAUUGUCAAGGAACCUCUAACUCUUCUCCUUUCAGAUUCCUGCCCAUAUGGCUAUAGAGAAUGUCAGAAUGGCAAGUGUUUCCUCCCAGAACAGAGCUGCAAUUUUGUAGAUGACUGUGGGGAUAAUACUGAUGAGAAUGAGUGUGGAACUUCCUGCACCUUUGAAAAUGGCAACUGUGGUUGGCAAAAUUCCCUGGCUGACAACUUCAACUGGGUUCUAGGAGUUGGCUCUCCUCUGAUUCUCAGCCCUCCCAGAGAUCACACACUUGGAAAUGCAACUGGGCACUUCUUCUAUCUAGAGGCUACUCCCAUAGGCUUGAGGGGUGAGAAAGCCCAUCUGAAGAGCUCUCAGUGGCAAGAAUCCAGUGCAGCCUGUACUAUGACUUUCUGGUACUUCAUAUCCACAAAAGCUACAGGCUCCAUUCGGAUACUCAUUAAGACUGAGAAAGGACUUUCAAAAGUGUGGAGAGAAGAAGGACAGAAUCCUGGCAAUCAUUGGAAGAAGGCAGAAGUCCUUCUGGGAAAGUUAAGAAAUUUUGAAGUUAUAUUUGAAGGCAUCAGAACAAGAGAUCUGGGAGGAGGAGCAGCAAUUGAUGACAUUGAAUUUAGGAAUUGUAGCACAGAUGGAGAGUAUUCUGAGGUCUGCUCAGAAGCUACAGAUUUCCUGUGUCAAGAUAAGAAGUGUAUUGAAUAUCAUCUAGUUUGUGACUACAAGCCUAACUGCAUGGAUAGGUCUGAUGAAGCUGAUUGCAGUGAAGCCCAGAUCAGUGCACAAACUUCCAGUCCCCAAACCCAGGGCACAACAGGCAUGAGUAGGCCAGGCCAACCCAACACAGUGGGCAAGCCACCAGAAGCUCAGGCCCCACAGCAGAAAGCAAGUGACCAGGCCCCUGGUCCCCCGAACAAGAAGCUUGAAACAGUGCCUUCUGUGCUUCAGCAGCAGAGCAAUGGACAGUAUUUUCUCUAUGUCAACUCAUCUGGCCCCAGAGAAGGAUAUACAGCGAGAAUUACUACCACCCACUUCUUUCCAGCAAGCCUUGGAAUGUGUACAGUUCGGUUUUGGUUCUACAUCAGUGGUCCCAGUGAUAUGGGAAUCUUAAAGGUAUAUAUUGUAGAAGAAUCUGGACUGGCCAUUCUGGUGUGGUCUGUGAUUGGAAACAAAGGCAGGGACUGGAUGUAUGGAAAUGCCCUUCUUUCCAGUAAUGGCCCCUUUAAGGUGGCCUUUGAAGCUGACCUUGGAGGAGAUGAUUCCACUUUUAUUGCUAUUGAUGAUAUCUCUUUCACCCUGGAAUGCGCAUCUGGAGGCCCUGUCACAAUACUGCCAACACGCUGUGAGGCUGAUCAGUUCCCCUGUAUUUACACACCGCAGUGUGUGCUGCUGUCUGGAAAAUGUAAUGGGCAGGAAGAUUGCGUGGAUGGAACUGAUGAGUUGGAUUGUCCUACCAGGUUUCCUCCUCAGACCUGUGGGAAAAUGGAGUUUCAGUGUUCAGCAAAUGAAUGCAUUCCAUCUCUCUUGCUAUGUGAUGGAGUACCAGACUGUCAGUUUAAUGAAGAUGAAUCUGCCUGCUCCAGUGGACAUUGUUUAGAUGGCUCUCUGAUGUGUCCAUCAACUAAUAGCUGCAUCCCAGCAUUCCAACAUUGUGAUGGCUUUGUUGACUGCACUGAUUUCCAACUCGAUGAGUCCAGCUGCUCAGAAUGCCCAAUAGGAUAUUGCAAAAAUGGUGGAACUUGUAUUAUUGAGAAAAAUAUCCCCAUCUGUCGCUGUGAAAAAGAGUGGAAAGGAAAUCGAUGCCACAUCCAGCUUAACCCUCCCUCACCACCAGAUGUCAUGUUCACCCAGAAUAAUAUUUUGACCAUCUUGAGCAUUGGAUUGGCUUUCCUGACAACUCACCUAGCAGUUGCUGCCUUCAGUUUCCUUUAUAACAGAAAAUGGCCUAGAGAGAAACCUGAAGAAACAGCUCAUGCAUUUGCCAAUCCGAUGUAUGAAGAUGGGAGUCGUUCAGAGAAAACAGAGGCUACAGGGAGUGCUGUCUUCCCAAGGGUACAAAUCAGUGUCUCUCCUUGGCAAGAACACACAGAGAAUUCUGCAUAUUCCUUUGCCAAUCCUUUGUUUGGCACUACUUCAAGAAACCAGGAGAAUAUUUCUAAUCAUCUUCAAUAG